GCUCCCAAAGAAACAACACAUCAAAUUUUUCUUACAUCAAGAAAUGGUUGAUAACACCCACAAUAAUUCAGAAAAAUCAUACAAAAAUCACAGCUUUACAGAAUCCAGAAGCGAAGAUGGCAUAAUGAAGGAGCAAGAUAGAUUGGUUCCAAUAGCAAACGUAGGCAGAAUCAUGAAGCAAAUCCUUCCUCCAAAUGCAAAAAUCUCAAAAGAAUCCAAAGAAACAAUGCAAGAAUGCGUAUCCGAGUUCAUCAGCUUCGUUACGGGCGAAGCAUCGGAUAAAUGUCAUAAAGAGAAGAGAAAAACUGUUAAUGGAGAUGAUAUUUGCUGGGCUCUUGGUAAUUUAGGGUUUGAUGAGUAUGCAGAGCCGCUGAAAAAGUAUUUGAGUAAGUAUAGAGAUCAAGAAGGAGAGAGAGCUUGUCAUAAGGCGAGUAAUAGUGGCGAAGAAAAAGAUGAUUUGCAGAUGAACUCUCAAUCUAGUGGUUCGACUCCAUUUUUGAAGUUUGCUGUGUUUGAUAAAGAUGACAGUGAAGUUUACCGGCGAUAUUGAUGAUCUCCGGCCAUCACCACCGAGUAUAUAUAUUCACGGUAAUGAAAUCUCCAAGCCUUGUAUCCAAAUGAUAUAUCAACUUUCUUAAUUUAUGAAAUUGGGUAACUGAAAAAUAAAUUAUGAAUUUUAGCGUGUUUUAUAAUUUUAAUUUGAAUUUUUAUUUUUAGCAAUUUAAAAUGUGAAUUGAUUUUUUUUAUAUAUAAUUCAAAUAUCAAACAAUUUUUUUGACAAAAAAUGGUGAUGUAUAUGCAUGAAAAUAUAAAUUUUGGUGUAUACAUUAGUAUUUAUUUAUCAAAAAAAGUCCGGUAUUUAAAAUUAUAAGAAUUAUUAUUCGUGUUUUAAAUUGCUCAAAUUAAAAAUUCGAAUUAAAUUUAUUUAAAAUAUUAAAAUUCAUAAUUUAUUUUGUAAUUAAUAACCUUAUGAAAAAUGAUGUAUUGAUAUGAUAUAUCUAGCCUUUCAAUUUGGUUGUGGCUUCUUGUUUUGACUGAUAGCUAGUAGAGUACGUAGUUGUGUGAUGUGCUGUUAAUUUCCCGAAUUAUAUGCAUAUGUAGAUGUUCAUCUCAAAAUCGUUUUGUUUUUCUGAUUAAAAUAGACCUUUUGAUUGAUUAUUUA